CUCGCCAUGGCGGAGACGGCUAGACUCCAGCUGUUUGUUAAGGCCAGUGAGGACGGGGAGAGCGUGGGACACUGCCCUUCCUGUCAGCGGCUCUUCAUGGUACUGCUUCUCAAGGGCGUGCCCUUCACCCUCACCACUGUGGACACCCGCAGGUCCCCGGAUGUGCUUAAGGACUUCGCUCCAGGCUCCCAGCUGCCCAUCCUUCUCCACGAUGGGGAAGCCAAAACGGAUACACUGCAGAUCGAGGAGUUUCUGGAGGAGACGCUGGGGCCUCCCGAAUGCCCCAGCCUGGCGCCCCGCUACAGGGAGUCCGCCACCGCGGGGAACGACGUCUUUCAUAGGUUUUCCGCGUUCAUCAAGAACCCGGCACGAGUGUUCCAGCUGCUUCACGUCGUGGCUGGGGCUCACUUCCUGCCUCGACGCCGCACAAACCGCAGCCCCAGAGAAGGGCCCGGGGUCCCCCACACCUGCACAUGGUCCUCCCACGUCCGUAAGACGCACGACGCCGGCUCGCUGCUGCAAGGGCAGAGGCGUGGGGAGCUCGGGCCGCCCCGUCGCCUGGCGACACUGGGCGUUAGCCCCCAGCUGUCCUUGUAG